AUCAAAACAUGGCAGACGAGCAGACAGACUCUGGAUCAGGUUUCUUGUUGUGCAUAAGCUCUAUAUUUAUUAUAACUAUCGUGACAUUUAUACUUCUUCGCAUCAAAAGGAAACGCAAUGCAUUAUCUAAGGAAAUUAUUGUAUUUACACGGUAUCCAAUUCCGGGAAAAGCAAAAACACGCCUCAUCCCUGCUUUGGGUCCCAAAGCUGCUGCAAGGCUACAAGUAAUAAUGACUGAGCAUGUUGUCAACUCACUUCAAAGAGUUUAUCAUUUAGAUUGGAGUACACAAGUUACAUUGCAAUACAAUGGAGGGAGAAAAGAUCAAAUGGAAUACUGGCUGUCCAGGAAACUUUGUGGCAUGCAGUGUAACUAUAGACAACAGGCAGAGGGAGAUCUUGGAACCAAGUUAAAAUCAGCGGUUAAGGACAGCUUCAGUAGAGGAAAUGAAAAUGUUUUUGUCAUUGGUGCAGACAUUCCAGGGAUUGACGUUAAAGUGAUCGGCUCAGCCUUCGACACACUGAAGCUUCCCCAACACGACAUGGUGCUUGGGCCUGCUGAGGAUGGGGGCUACUAUCUGAUUGGCUUUAGUAGGGCAGCACUAAAAUAUAUAGAUUACAUUUUUGAUGAGAUUGAAUGGGGGACAGAAAAAGUGUUCCAACAACAAUUACAGAAAGCUAAGGAUUUGAAUGCGCAUGUAGCAGUAUUACCUUACAAAUUACGAGAUGUGGACACAGAAGAAGACAUCAGUGUGUUUGAGGGGGAAGUAGGCGUGUCCAGGGAACAGCUCAUGGAUCAAGCAUGGUCUGUCAUUAUACCAACGCUUAAUGAAGAACAUAACAUUAAGAAAUGUAUUGAUAGUGUUCUACAGCAAGCUACUGACACAGGCAACAUAAGGGAGAUAGUGAUCAGUGAUGGGGGCAGCACAGACAACACCAUCACCUGUGUCCAGGAACUUGCCAACACCUCACCUGUUCCCAUACAUGUCGUCCAUAGUGACCCAGGGAGAGGUAGCCAGCUGAUUGCGGGUACUGAGCAGUCCACAGGUGAAAAACUUCUGUUCCUACAUGCUGACACCAGGCUCCCCCAUGGCUACGAUACCCUAGCCCUCAACUGUCUGUCCACACCCGGUGUAGUUGCUGGAGCCUUCCGUUUCCAGCUAGAUAUACUGGCUGAGAAAGAUUUGCAAAAAAAGGAACCCUGGUGGUUUAUUCUACAAAUGAAAGGACUGACUUGGGGUACUUGUGUUCGUGGAGAAAAACAUGAGCUACCUUACGGUGACCAGUGCCUGUUCCUGGACAGACGGACAUACAGACACGUUGGAGGGUUCCCGCCGUUCAGGCUCAUGGAGGAUUACGCCAUGGUGAAGAAGCUCCAAACGGUUGGUCACGUUGCUAUAGUUACAGACGCUGCUGCGGUGACGUCAUACAAGCGAUGGAGAAAAUGGGGAUACUGGCGGGUGACGGGCCUCAGUCAGCUGAUCAUAUUGGCGUACACGUGCGGCGUUCAUCCGGACACGCUGGCCCGCUGGUACUAUGGAAACAAGACAAGGAGCAAAUCCUGACCACGAACGAGUGGGGUGACUUGUAUAUUUGUGAUAAUGGUCGUAUAAUCACGGACAUUUAUGGCUUAUAUGUCUGUGGUAUAAUACAUUAAUGUGAUAAAUACAGACACUUGUUGUUUUUGUAAUUGAAAUCGUUAUUGUUGAGCUCGCCUGUUUUUGAAGUAAAAGGCAAACAUUGG